AGUAUAAUUUAUGAUAAUAAUAACUGGUAACACUGUUGAUCUGUCAAAAUUCAUAAUUAUUGUUUAUUUGUGUUUAGUACAAGGUAGUUGAAAUAAGGCGGUUUCCUAAAUAUUUUGAAUAUUUUAAAUACGCUUAAGAGAACCACAGAAAUGGAUGAUAAUGAUCAAAUGAUUGAAAAAUGGAUUCAAGAACAUGAUCAUUCUGUUAUACCACUUCCUGAAAUCGAAUUUGAGCCCCAUCUUCUGAUUUCUAAGGUAAGAAAACAUUACAUGGAGUAUGUCAUAAAACUACUAGCUUUAAACUAUGAAAACCACCAAAAAUUACUGAAUAAGAAUAUCUACCUCCCGAGUGCAAUUUGGCGGUGUGCUAAAAUAAUUGAGACAACUGCCGCUCAAAAUUCAAUGGUGGUUAAUUUAUACAGAAGAAAUAUUGUCACUAUGAUAAACCAGGUUAAAGCUGAUACUCAUAAAGGAAAACUGAACAAAAAAUUAUUUGAAUGUCUAAAGAAACCACCUGAAAAUGAAAAGAAGUCACAAACAACCCUAACAAUAGGAAAAGAUUGCCCUUGUGUAUGCACUUGUUAUCAAAGAAAAAAGAUUAGAAAAGAUAACCCACCCAUUGAUGAGAAUGAAACAAUAGUUUUACAAAAUAAACAUUUUGAAGGUAUAACACAAGUCAAGGCUACUCAAUUUGAUACUUGUUGUCAAACCUUAAAUGCAGAUAAAAUAAAUUUGUCAUUAACUCAAGAAUCUCAUGAUGCUGAUGAAGUAAUGCAACAAAUGGAGAAACUGUUUGAAGGAGGGGCAAAUGAUGAUGAUAUAUUUGAUGGAAUAUUUUCCAAUGCUUAUGAUGUUGCAUUUUCAGAGGAUUUAAAAAAGUUAAAUAAUGAUAUUCAAAAUAAAACAAACCAAAAUUCGUCUAUCAUAGAACAUCAUGCAGAUCAAAUUAGUUCUUUAGAUAAGAGGCUAAAUUCUCUAUCCCAAGUAUUAGAAAAAGAUACAGAGACAGAAUCACAUAGUACAAAAUGUGAAGCAACAAAAAGUAGUAAGCUGUCAAAGAAAUGGAUUUGUGAAGAAUAUUUUCUGAAAGUUAAACUUAAUGAACUACUAGACCAACUUAGAGAUUGCAAUAGAGCAAAGCUAUUAAGGAUUAAAGAUUUGUUAGCAGAUUUAUUUGGUGAUGACAGUGAUGAUGAAGGUGUUAUGUCACCCCUAGAGGAAACACCAGAAUUUAUUACUAGUUGUAAGGAGCGGAUUGCUCCGUGGGUUGUCAAACUUCUCACUCCUUAUUAUAUCAAAGGAAGGAUUAGAGGGAAAGCCCUAUUUAAGUCUCUUGCUAAACAUCUUAUUAGGUUGAUAUAUCAAUGCAGUAAAUAUCCUGAGGAAUAUGAAGUGCAAGACUUUAUACAAGAUUUCUUGAAGAAUCAUAAAAUGAUAAGAUGUGAGGCUGACUUUAAACAAUUUAGAAUAGAGAAUAUUUAAACAGAUAUUCAAAAACUAUCUAAAUUCUCCAAAUGCAUUUUCAUAAAUUUCAUAUGAUGGAUGCAAAAAAUAUUAAAUUAAAUACUUGUUAAAGAAUUUUUUUUAU